AGGGCAUGCCGAGUAGUCAGGAUAGCGACGUUAUUUUAUCAUUUAAUUCUAGCCACCUUCAUUCAUGUUAGUGACAGAAAAAUCAAAGCAACUUCCUUUGAAGCAAUUGUUUCUUAGUCGCUACAGAAGCUUUCUUUGGUAGGGUAUCUUACAUUAUACUUCUAACUCUCUGAUCGAUUCAAUAAUGCAGCACAUAGCGAGUCCAAUCCUUAUUGAACAGAUUGAACUGGCAAAGACUGUUUCCUUAUUUUCUUUUGUGCGACAAACUAACUUUUUAUUUUUGUUCGCUUUAUUCCCGUGCAACUGGCAAUUUAAUGAUGAUUUACUUCUUUUCCUGCUCAAAAUGAAAGUACUCGCUAUCUGCGCCAUUCUUUUAGUCGCGUUGCUACAGGCAGUGACAGCCAGUGUGUUCUCACAGCUUCAGUUCAUUAAGAUUGUCUCUCCCGCUUCAGGCGCAACUGUCCAAGCUGGCGAUAACAUGACCAUAAAAUACACUAUGCAGCCGCUCAUCCUUGAUCACGUUGCAUUCGGUGAAGCCCUGUCGUUGAAUGUUAAAUUCCACUCGCGAUCCGGCAAUAAGAAGCAGCAGCUAUUAACUACCAUCGCUCCCAAGUGCCCUGUAACUGCUAAAGAGUCCAAGUAUGUUACAUAUACCCGUCAGUGGAAAGUCCCUGCCAAUACCAAGCCUGGCUCAUAUGCCGUUGAAUUCAAUGAAUCCUUCCGCACACGAGGAGGUACUUUUACUGCUACAGAGACGGUCAAGAUUCAUAUCAUUGAUUAGAUAUCAUGCUGUUGCAAGUAUUCAUUGAAAUAAAAAUAUAUAAAGGAUACGUAUAGC